AUGUCUUCGAAUACCUCGGCGCAUAUCACCAAUGUCCCGUCAAAUUUUGAGGUUUCUUCAGAUGAGACUUACGCGAUUUUUAGUAUUCCAAUUGAAAAAUCUGCGAAUGACGAUAGAGAAUAUCGGUUGAUCAGGCUUGCCAAUGAUUUGGAGGCCUUACUUAUUCGUGAUCCGAAAACCGACAAGUCAGCUGCUGCGAUGGAUGUUCAUAUUGGACAGAUACAUGAUCCGGAUGACGGAUGGAGAAGAUAUCAAUUGGAACGUAGUCUUUCUAACCCUGAUCACCCAUUUUCGCAGUUUGGGAUUGGCAACCUUGAAUCUCUAAAAGAAAUUCCCCUCAAGGCGGGUCUUGAUAUCAGGGAAGAAUUAAUAAAACAUCACAAAAAGUAUUAUUCUUCCAAUUUGAUGAAAUUGGCUGUAUUGGGCAGAGAAUCACUAGAUCAAUUAAGUAAUUGGGUCGUGGAAAAGUUUACGGAGGUCGAAAAUAAAUCUAUUCCAAUACCUAUUCCCGAUGGAUAUCCUAUAACUGAUAAGGAAUUGGGUUGGGCCAACACAAUGAGCUCCUAUUCUGUGCAUCAAAGUGUGGGAUUUGAAGUUCUCAAGAUUUCGAUCGAUCUUACCGAAGAAGGUCUUGCCCAUUAUGAGGAGGUUGUGGAAAUUUGCUUUCAAUAUAUCAAUAUGUUGAAAGAAGUUGACCCUAAAGAGCAAGAGAGUGUAUUUAAAGAAAUUCAAUCGGUUGAAGAAAUUGAUUUCAGAUUUCUAGAAAAAAGCUACCCAUCAUAUUAUGUCUCGGAGGUUUCAAACUACAUGCAGCGUCCAUAUCCUCGCGAAUGGAUAUUAAGUGGCCCGUACUUAACACGAAAAUAUGAUUCGAAACUUAUUGCCGAAGGGCUGGAGUAUCUAAGUUGGGAUAAGUGUGUUCUCACGCUAUCGAGUAAAUUGCUGAGUGGGUUCGAUAAGAAAGAACGAUGGUUCGGUACAGAAUAUAAAUUUGAACCAAUCAAUGACAGAUUAUUAAAGUCAUUGCAAAGUCUUACACUAAAUCCCGAACUCGAGGUUCAUCCUGCAAACGAAUUUAUUCCGACAAAUCUUGAUGUCGAAAAGCUUGAAAACGUUACGCCUUUAGAACAUCCCCGUAUUAUUAGAAAAACGGCACUGGGUCGUAUUUGGUAUAAAAAAGAUGAUCAAUUCUGGGUCCCAAAGAUUGAGGCACAUUUUUUGCUAAAGACUCCAAUUGCUCAUCUCACGCCAUUACAUUCUGUUAAGACUCGACUAUACGUGGAUCUUGACGGUGGGAUUGGAGUAUCUGUAGUUGGGUAUAAUGACAAGGCCACCCUUCUCUUAGAAAAAAUUCUUGAGAAAAUGAAAAAUUUUACCGUUGAACCUGAAAGAUUCUCCAAGAUUAAAGAGGAAUUAAAAAGGGUUUAUCAAAAUCGCUUGUUAGAUUCUCCAUCUACUCUUUCUAGAUAUCAUAAAACAUACAUCCUUAAGCAAAAAAUGUGGACCUAUCAAGAAAAACUUUUGAUGUUAGAACAGAUCAAUUAUGAGGAUAUACAAAAAUUUUAUCCAAGAUUAUAUGAACGUAUGUUUUUCGAAGGAUUAAUUCACGGCAAUAUGAGCAAACCCGAAGCUAUCAAUAUGAUAGAUGUUAUCGAAAGGAUAUUGGAAUCGAAGGAGUUAUUGCCAUCACAAUUAAUUAGCGAUCGAACUAUAUUGCUACCAAUUGGAAAGAGAUAUGUUUUUUCCACGGAGGUUUUUGACAAAAAAGAAAUCAAUUCUGCUAUAAAUUAUAGUGUGCAGGUUGGAGAUAAAAUAGAUCAGGAAUUGCGGAUAAGGCUAGACCUGGUAGGGCAGAUCGCCGAUGAACCUUGUUUUGACCAAUUGAGAACAAAAGAACAAUUAGGGUAUUCAGUAUAUUGUGCUACGAAAGAAAUGACCAGCACAAUGGAGUUUCGAGUAGUUAUUCAAAGUGAAAAGGACACUGUAUAUUUGGAAAAGAGAAUUGAAGCGUUUUUAGAUAAGCUACAGGAAAUAAUCGAAAAUCUAUCAGAGGAAGAGUAUCAAAAACACGUUAACUCAUUGAUUGAAAAGAAAUUGGAAAAAAACAAAAACCUGAGUGAUGAAUGUCAGAAAUAUUGGUGCAUUAUUUGUUCCGGUUAUUAUGAAUUUAAUAAGAUUGAAGUUGACACCAAAGGUCUUCGUGAACUUAAGAAACCCGAACUCUUGAAAUUCUACAAUACCUACAUUCAUCCAAAAUCUCCGAGUCAAAAGAAAAUUUCGAUUCACAUGAAAUCCCAAAAUCUCGAGCUAAUUAAAAUGUAUAACAACAUUGAUAUAAAGAAACUACAUGAAUACAUAUCAUCACAAGGAUUUCCUAGCAUAACGGUCGAGGAAUUGCAAAGUGCGAUUGACCUACUAAAGGCGCAAGAUGCUGGGUUGGACCGGAGCAAAUUUGAGGUGUUUGUGAAAAGAUUCUUUUUAUCUAAAAUUGGUAGUGAAGCGGAAGAUAAAAUGUUGGAUGGUGUGGUAAUCAAUAUCGUUGAUCUGAUUUUUGGAAGUAUGGGGGCGGUGAACGGCGAAAAUCCGGUGAAGGGAAUAGACAAAGAUAUUCGAAAAAAUGAAGAGAUUGAAUGUGAAUUAUCUGAACAGAAUGAAAUUAUCGAUGACGUGAUUUUAUUUAAGACUAAGAUGGAAUUAAGUUCAGCACCUUAUCCUCUUUUAUCUUUAGCUAGCUUUAUGCAUGAAAACUAG